GCUGAAAUUUACAAGUAACAAAAUUUUAUUCUUUUUCUCAUUAUUCUUGUUUGGGAUCUCUCUCUCUAGAAUUAAUUAGCAAUUUGCCGGGGAAAACAAAGUCGAAGAAAAGCCUUAAGAAUCGUGCAUAGGAAAAAGACAACCACCACACCCACAAAAAUCAAAAAAUAAAACAACCCCUCAAGCAAGAUUGCAUUCAAGACCCACUUUAGGUCUCUAGGGAUUUUCUGGAAAAGCCUAUACUUGGAGCCUCAGCAAAACCUGAAGCUGUGGGUAAUGGUAAAAUGUGGUGCCCCUUGUUUCACUUGUUGUUACUUUUCAUACAAGUUCACAUGAGUAUUUUAUUUGCUUCUGUUUAGGUCUCCUCAAAGUCCUUGUAACUUUUGAUUGAGUGCUUGUGUUCUAGUCAUAGAGUUAUGAAUCCAAUGCAAGGGCAGCAGAGUACUGGUGGUUCAUCCACUGAACUGAAUCAGGGAGAUAAUGAGUCGGUCUACAGCGCAGAGAGCACCAUGAUGAAUCCAGUCACUAGUACGCCUCCAGGACGACCAGCUUACGCAAGUCCUGCUCAAAAUCAUAACUGGUGGAGGCUUGGGGAACCCAGCACCGUGUCAGGGCCAUCUGGUGGUCAGGUCGAGAUCAAGACAAAUCAAGAUGGAAGACAGUUAGGUUCUAAUGGUAUGGUUCACGCCGCUGGUUACAUCAGACACGGACCUUCUUUCUUGCGCGGUUCAAGCUCUAAUGCUAUGCCGCAGCAUGCAAAUAUGAGCAUGGACAUGGACAGCGAUGGCUAUGGUGCAGUAGCACAGAGUUCCGGGCUCGCUUUCCGUCAUGGGAGUUCAGUUCAGGUUACUGGAGAGAGCAGCAGUGGCCCGGCGGCCUCUUCCUUGGAUGGUUGGGGCUCUUCCUGCAAAAGAAAGGCUCUUGAAGCAGCAGCAGCAGCAGCAGCUCCUCCUCCUCCUCCUCCUCCUGAUUGCGUUGCUUCGCGUCCAGAUCUUUCUCACUAUGCUGCUGCUGCUGCUUCAAGUAGUUUGAGUUUGGCUACAACACCCUCACAAGCUUCUCCAAAUCGGACAGAACAAAUGUUCGGAUCAGUUGGUGGUGGAACCAAUGCUUCUCAUUCUGUAAGAAACCCUGGCAGAAGAUUAAAUCCGAGGCAGACUGUAGGAUUCAGCGUAUCACAUAGUGGAGGUUCUAUGCAACAGAGUUCACCAUUAAACUCUCCUUUCAUAGAUCCUCAAGACAUGAUGAGAGCAAGCAGUGGUGAGAAUCAGACAAACUUAGUGCAUCUCCCUGCGUUGACAAGGAAUAUACCCCAAUUUGGUUGGGAUACUUCUUUCACUUCAAGAGCAAGCACUUCUUCCGGACCACAGUGGGAAACACCGAGAAGCAAUCCAGAGCAGCAGCAGCAGCAGCCCAUGUUUGCACCUGAUCAAUCUAUUUGGAGCUUCUCCCGUGGAAACCCUUCUGAUGAUUCUCGAGCAGGGCCGAGUUCAGCUCAGCAGCAGCUCAGUCCCGCGUGGAUUCCUCCUCCAGCGAGAGCAUCAGAACAUUCUCCUUGGUCUUUAUUUCCUCCUCCUAGUGUUGAAUCUCAAUCUACUACUAGUCAUGGUGCCCCUUUAUUGCCCACAGGUCCUUCUGUUUCCUCCAACGAGGCUGCAAUGCCAUCUAGUUCUAAUAAUAGUCGCAGCCAUCGCUCACGGCAGAGAAGGUCAGGUUUGUUGUUAUCCGAGAGGCAUAGUGAGCUUCUCCACUUGCGUCACUUAGGGAGGACCUUAGCUGCUGACAGUGAUGGAAGGAAUCACCUCAUCUCUGAGAUACGUCAGGUGUUGACCGCCAUGAGAAGAGGGGAGAAUUUACGGAUGGAGGAUUACAUGGUGUUCGAUCCGCUUAUCUUCCAGAGUAUGACUGAAAUGCACGAUAGGCAUCGGGAAAUGCGCCUUGAUGUUGACAACAUGUCGUACGAAGAGCUGUUGGCACUUGGGGAACGCAUAGGAGAUGUGAGCACUGGGCUAAGGGAAGAUGUCAUUUUGAAGACUAUGAAGCAACACAAAUGUACAUCUUCUUCUGCUGAGUUGCCUCAGGACAUAGAGCCUUGCUGCAUUUGUCAGGAAGAGUAUGCAGAAGGUGAUGAUCUUGGGACCUUGGAAUGUGGCCAUGAAUUCCACAAGGACUGUAUUAAACAAUGGGUCAUGCUUAAGAAUCUCUGCCCUAUUUGCAAAACUGUGGCAUUAACGACGUGAUAAAAAACAAGUAGAGAUCUUAUAGAUCUGUUCUAUCCAUCCCUAUGUCAUCUUAAAAAUUUAAUUGUUAUGCUUACUCGUUGUGUGACUGUUCUAAGAACGUUAUGACAAGAUUCAUAAAAUAGCCAUUGGAGAACGAGAAUAA